GGGAGAAAACCCUUCCACGCCGCACACUCUGUCACACGCCGGCGCGCCGGCCAGCGGCGGAACUCGCGACACCCGCCGGCGAAGGAGCAGCAGCACAGGAGGUGGACGGCGCGCCAGCGAGGUCGCCCAGCCAACCUCUGCGUUUAGUUGUCGACUAAUCGGGAAGAAGGCGAGGAGGAGAGGAGAGGAGAGGAGAGGAAAGGAGGAGGGGAGGAUGCCGCACCGCGCGCGGCCGAUGACGGGGCUGCUGCUGUUCACGGGAGUCAACCUGGUGCUCCUCAACACCAUCACCCCCGUCUACGACUUCGUCUGCUUCCACCCCUACUGGGAACGCAGGAGAGAACGUCGUCAAAAGGAGCGUGAAGCACUACAAGCCAAUGGUUCUCUACAAACUGCUAAAUGAUUUUAUUCCUAGUUGUUUUAUUACUUGGUUAGUUCGAUGAAACCCUGGAUUCUUCAUUGAUAUGGAGUGAAGAAAAUUUUAUAGGCAGGUAAUAUUGUGAUGCUCUUCAGAUAUGAGUAGAUCUCCGCACUCCAGGUCUUGCUUCAUAAUGCUACUCAACUGCAUCAUCACAUCCUUGUAAAAUUACCGAGGAAACUAGAUCUGAUGAAUAUUGUUUCUUGAAACUACCUUUAUGUAUCUCUUAUCGUCUCAUACUCAUCUGGCUAUAACAUAGUAAAUGAAAACCACUGUUUGGCUCAAGCCAUUUAUUCUGAUCAGGAUCC